AUGGCGAAAAAGAGAAAGGCCUCUUCUGGUGGAGCAGUCAAGGAAGAUGUUGCAGACGACUCGAACAGACGUACGCGCAUGAAGAUCAAGACGUAUGAGGAUGUGGCGGGCUCGGAUGACGAGUUUCACAUCAACCGUGACAAGGUUAUGCUGGACGAUGGACCGGAGGCGAAGAGGAGGAGAAAGGUGCAGGAAGAGGAGGAAUUCCUCGAAUUGUCCGACGAAGAAGUCCUAGGAUACUCUGAACCUUCUGAAGCCGAAGAUGACGACGAAGACGACUUUGAAGAGGAGGAGACAGCAGCAGCGCCGGCAAAGAAGUCAAAGAAGGAUGCACAGGAUGAAGAGGACGACGAGGAAGACAUGGAGGCAUGGGGAGAAUCCAAGCAAGACUACUACAACGCCGACGCUAUCGAGACAGAACAAGAUGCGCUCGACGAAGAGAAGGAGGCCUUGCGCCUGCAGAAGAAGCAGUUACAGGCCAUGAGCGCUGCUGACUUUGGAUUCGACGAGGCGGACUGGCAACAGGAAGACGAGAAGGAUGCUGAACAGGAUGGAGAGACCGUCACGGAAGUGCUGCCUCAACUCGAGCUGGACGACAAGAUGACGCCCAAGGAGCGCAUGAAGCUACUCAAGACACGCUACCCGGAGUUCGAACCGUUGAGCAAGGAGCUGCUCGCUCUGAACCAGACAUACCAGGAACUGUCUGCUGUUGAGUCGCCUUCACUCGCCGUUCAGACCAAGUUGCAAGCAUCCGCUGCUUACCUCGCCUCGUUAACCAUGUACUUUGCCCUCCUUACCUCGACAGCCCAGGACAAGCAAACGAAAGGUCUCGCUCUUUCCGCAAACGCCAUUCGUGAUCACCCCAUCAUGGAGAGCUUGAUCCAAUGCCGCGACCUAUGGGCACGCCUCAGAGACCUACCCGAAGACGACUCAGAAGACGAGUCCGCCUUGGAAGGAGCCUCAGAGGAAGAAAUGAGUGAAUCAGAAGACGAAGCACCCGUCACCAUCCUCCCCACCAAGACCAGAAAGACAGCCGCCGAACGUGCCGUCGACGCCGUAACAGCAGCAGCAGAAGCCCGCCGCGCAGAACGCCUCCGCAAGACCGAAGCAGACUUUGGCGACCUCGACGCCCUCCUAACCUCUCGCCCCAAGAAGACUUCCUCGAAGAAUAUUUCAGCAACAGCCGCCCUCGACGAGAACGACUCUGACCUCGGCGAAGACACUUUCCUCACAGCCUCCGAACUCGCCGAGAAAGCCAAGCGCAAGAAGUCCCUCCGCUUCUACACCUCCCAAAUCGCCCAAAAGGCAAACAAGCGCGGCGCAAAAAUUCAAGGUGGAGAUGAGGAUGUGCCUCACCGUGAACGUCUUCGCGAUAGACAGGCCCGUCUAAACGCAGAAGCAGAAGCACGCGUAAAAUCCUUUGACCGCGAUCAAUUGGGCGAAGAUUCCGAAGACGAAGACGACCGCGCCACUGCCCGUCUAGUCCGCGGCGAAAAGCCAGAAAAGACGCUCGAUGACGAGGAAGAUUACUACGACAUGGUGGCCUCCAAGGCAGAAAAGAAGAAAUCAGACAAGGCGGCUCAAGCCGCCGCGUUCAAAGAAGCAGCUGCCCAAGGAGGCAGAGUGAUUGAAAAGGAAGAGGUCGGCCCAGAUGGCAAGAGAGCGAUUUCGUAUGCGAUUGAAAAGAACAAGGGACUUACGCCGCAUAGAAAGAAGGAUGUGCGUAAUCCUAGAGUCAAGAAGAGAAAGAAGUUUGAGGAGAAGAAGAAGAAGUUGGCUUCCAUCAAGCCGGUUUACAAGGGUGGCGAGGGUAAAGGUGGCUAUGGUGGUGAACUUACGGGUAUCAAGAAGGGUUUGGUCAGGAGUACGAAGCUUUGA